CCUUUAUGCUUAUAUAUUCCCAUCCUUUGAUGACACACCUUAGAGACGUUUCAUAUUUAUUUUCAUGCAAUAAAUAAACUAUGAUCUCACUGUUUACAAAUCUUACUCUAUAACUUGAAUUUACAUCCCCUCUUCAUCUGCUUCAUUUCGUCGUUUGCCGGUGCCGGCUCCGAUCUGAGCUUCUGAUCUUCGAGCAUGGAAGGUGUUUGAUAUCAUUUCUAUAUGAAGAAAAACCCGAACCAGUUAUUGAUCAUGAGGAACGCUCUACUUUCGAGUUUGCCACUGCCCUCACAGUUCAACAACAUUGGAAACAAUGAAGCUCAGAUGUCAUAUUCGGAUGUCCUUAUGCGGAUGGAAACUAUAGGCAGAAAUGUUCAGGUGGAUGAUGCCUUUUCUGCGGAAUAUAAAACAUUCAACAAUGGCGACCAGCUAGGAUAUGGGGCCUUUGCUGCUCCUUAUCAGUCCCACUUUAUCUCUGAUUUACGAGAUCAUCAAUUUGGUAGCUUCAACUUUGGCACCUAUUUUCAACCUUCUAUGUCACUCAGCAACAAGCUAGCAAUUCCACACUUUGAAUCGGACAUUCAAAACUUGCAAAAUGGACGAAAACGUCCUUCAAUUGAGUUUCACCAAGAGCAAACGCCAUUAAAUCCAACUAUUGCUUUGAAUGAGUGGAAUAAGAACAAGAGACAAAAGGUGUCUUCCUUUCAACAACAACAAUCUGCUCAACAAAACAUUGAAACAGAACCAGGAAUCAGUGAUUUCAGGGUAUGGAAUUUGCAAUAUAUGAUGAAAAUUAAUGAGAAAUUGAGAAUUGAGGAGAAGCCACAAGCUAAGUGA